AUGGGAGUUCCAAGGUUGUAUCGAUUUAUAAAUAGAAGAUAUCCGUGUGUAACGGAUUAUGUGGAAGUUCAUCAAGUUCCUCAUUUUGAAAAUUUUUAUAUCGAUUUAAAUGAAAUUAUACAUGUGUGUUUUAAAGAUGAAACGGCAAGUGGGAAAACUAAAGAAAUUUUUUCAAAAAUAUUUACUUAUAUAGAGUUUUUAUUUAAUUUAAUCAAACCCAAAAAAUUAUUUUUCUUAUCUGUCGAUGGAGUCGCACCAAAAGCAAAAAUGAAUAAUCAAAGAGGAAGAAGGUUUCAAGCGGCUAAAGAAUUAGAAAAUGAAAAUCAGAAGCUAUUGGCCGAAGGCAAACCGAUUCCAGACGAGAAUUUUAAUUCAUUAUGUAUCAGUCCUGGUACAGAAUUUAUGGAAGAAUUAGAUAAGCAUUUAAAUUAUUUUAUUAGGAAAAAAAUAUCGACAGAUUCCAUGUGGCAAAAAAUUGUAGUUAUAUAUUCAGGGUAUAAAACUCCUGGAGAAGGAGAGCAUAAAAUUAUGGAUUAUAUUAGGUACCUGAGAACGACAUCAGAUUUCGAUCCGUACAUUAGACAUUGUAUUUAUAGUUCUGAUGCUGAUUUAAUGCUUCUUGGACUUGCACUACAUGAAAUAAAUGUUUCAAUUUUAAGAAGAGAUCCUGAUUCCAGUUCGAAAGAAAAAAAAUCGAAUGCAUCAAAAGAAGAAAAAAAUAUUUUUGUACAUUUAUCAAUUUUAAGAGAUUAUUUAGAUUUAGAAUUUCAAGAAUUAAAAGGUUGUUUGCCUUUCGAAUAUGAUUUGGAACAUCUGAUCGAUGAUUGGAUUCUUAUGACUUUUUUGAUGGGAAAUGAUUUUAUACCAAAUCUACCAAAUAUACAAAUCGAUACGAAUGGCGUUUUGGUUGUGCUCGAGGCAUACAAAAAAAUAAUUCAAACAUUAGACGGUUACAUUAAUUUAAAUGGAUAUUUAAAUUUACCAAGAUUUCAAAAAUUUUUAAAUAAAUUAUCCGAACACGAUAUGGAAUCAUUUAGGGAAACAUUUGCCGAUCUUGCUUUUCUCGAAGGAAAAUGUAAUCAAUUACGACCAUUUGAAAAUGAUGAUGAUUUAUCAGAUGAAUCUCAAAAAAGAAAAAGCGAUUUAGAAGAAUUAAUUAAAUCAACGAAUGAUAUGUUUGAAUUUUCCGACGAAGAAGAAAAUCAUGAUGAUGAUGAUGAUGAUGAUGAUACAUUUUUAUUUGAAUUUAAAAUGAAGAAAAAAAAUUAUUAUAGCGAUAAAAUGUGUUUUGAUGAAAUGACGGAGGACAUAUCAAAAAAUCUGACAAAAAAUUAUAUUCAAACAAUUCAAUGGAUUUUAUUUUAUUAUUUUCACGGAUGUGCGAGUUGGACUUGGUAUUAUCCUUAUCAUUAUUCCCCUUUUUUAUCAGAUAUUAAAAAUUUCGAAGAUUAUAAUCUGGAAUAUAAUAAAGGAGAACCUUUAUUACCAUUUGAUCAAUUGGUGUCCAUACUUCCAGCUUCGGGAAAAAAUUAUCUUCCAGAAGUUUAUCACGAUUUAAUGAAUUCUACUGACUCCCCGCUAAAAGAUUUUUUUCCCGAUGAUUUUAAAAGGGAUUUAAAUGGUAAAAAAGCAGAUUGGGAAUCUAUUAUUUUAAUUCCAUUCGUCGAUCAGGAUGAAGUUUUAAAAUAUACUACACCGUUAAGAAAUAAAUUAACAGAAAAAGAAAAAAUAAGAAACAGUCAUGCUCCUAUGCUUAUUUAUACAUACACGGAUAAAAAUCUCGGAGUUUAUAAAAUCUCGAAUCAUUUCCCUGACGUUUUAGCAAAUCAUGCGCAAGUAAUUGAAAAAUGGCAUAAUUCGAUUUUGGUUGACAAAUCGAAAAUGGUCUUCGGUUUAAGACCGGGUGUUUCGCCUUUAGGUGGGCCGGUUUUUCCAAGAUUAAAAUAUUUAAAAUACACCAGUUGCAUAAUGCAAAUCAAUUUGGAACAAUGGACGUGGUCCGGGAAUGAUAUAAGCGUCGUGCUCACGUUGGAAAAAAACGAAAUGACAUCUUUACAAAAUGUAGCCGAUGAUUUAUUGGGAAAAAUUGUUCACGUGAGGUGGCCAUUUUUAGAUGAAGCCAAAGUUGUAGCAGUGUCGGAUGGUAAAAUUAAAUAUACUUUAAUCCGGGAUAAGGAAAUUAGGAGAGAUACAUUGGACGAGAGUAAAGUUAAACAAUUUAUCGCGUGUGCAAAUGCAUUCGAAACGAAAUAUUCGAAAAGGAAAGCAAUUAAAAUAGGGCCGGUCGAGGUCAUAGUUUACGUUAAAAAAAAUAAAGGUCAAAAAUACGUAUUUGAUUCAAUGGGUAAUGCUGUGAAUGAAAAAUUGUGGUCGUCGGAAAUCGUAGAAUAUCCUUUACAAACUCUCGUCACGGAUUUAAUUCGAGAUUUGAAUAAUACAAAUUAUAAAACCGUUAAAGAUGCAUUUCCCGUCGGAUCAUCGGUUUUGUUUUUAGGACAACCACAUUUCGGAUCGAUGGGAAAAAUUUUAGAUAAUUCAAAUUUAUUACCGGGGAGCCGUUUGGAAGUGGCUUUACAAGUCACGGAAUCCAAAUCGUCUCUGUUGAAAAACACGUUGGAAAAUUUGAAAUUGCACGGGAAAAAAACAGAAUACUACUACAGUAGAGAAGCGAGUAGAUUGGCCGGAAUCGAUUACGAAGUUUUUUGUCACAUGACCGGGUAUUUAUACGUCGACGUCGACGAUCCGGAAUUUAAAAAAGAAUCGAAAAUCAACAUUGGAUUGGUAUUGAAACAAAAUAAAAGGAAUCAGGGAAUUAUGGGAUAUGCGGCGAAAAAAAAAAACGUUUGGAUGUAUUCGAAAAAAGCCGUCGAAGUUGCCCGAAUGUACAGGAUUAAAUUUCCGGAAGUUGUCGAAGCUUUGUCCUCUCUCGAUGAUUUUAAAUUUCUUUCGAAUAAUGAAUUUCAACCUAAAUUGAAGGUAGAAAGAUUAAUCGAAUUAAGAGAUUGGCUUAAAAGUUUAGAAUAUAAAAAUUUAGAAUUCGUGUCGGGAAAUUCGGAAAUGUUGGAAAAGGAUGAAAUUUUAAAAAUAAACGAAGCAUUGACGAAUAACGAAGAAAAUGUUAAAAUUCAAAAUAUAUUCGUCAAUCCGAAUUUGUUAUACAGGAGUGAAUUGAAUUUGAACGUUUUACCACCGGACGUUAAUGUCGUUCAUUCUUUAUACGAUAGAGUUGUUUCCAUACGAUCAUCCGGUCCCGUUCCCGUAGGAUUAAAAGGAGUGAUAAUCGGUAUUUACGAAGAUGAAGAAGAAAAAAAUGAAAAUUUUUACGGAGUACUUUUUGACGAGCCAUUUUUGGGGGGCGAAACGAUACAUUCGAUAGAAUAUAAAUAUUACAAAAUGUCGGAAUGUUCGUUAUUGAAUAUAACGGAGGAUAAAAAAGACGUCGUGCAAAAAUUAAAUAACGACGGUCUUUCGAAAAUUGAAGAAAGUGAAAAAAAUUUCAAAGGAUCGAAAGGAGACGGGAACGGGAAAAGGAUAACAUCCGCAUUUGCAAAAUUCGACAGUUCGAUUUCCGGGGAAAAAUUUAAAAAAAAUAACGAUGAUGAUGAUGAUGAUCGUUAUACGAAAAUGUGGACGGAUUUGCAAUGUGGUAAAUCCGAAAACGAAACGACGAACGUUUUGAAAAAAUUAUUGAAAAUUGAUAAUUCGGAAAAAUCAUCAUCAUCAUCAUCAACGACGACGACGACGACGACGGGAGUCAUAGAAGAUCCGGUGAAAUCAUUUUUCGACGGGAUGAUAUCAACGAUGGGAAAAAAAACGGGAAAAUCACCUUCCGUACCGAUUCAUCAUCAUUAUCCGCAUUCGACGAUCAUGGCGGAAAAUCAUAAUCAAAAAACAAAAUUUAAUUACAUGGACCAAUUGAAUAAUUAUUGUUUGAAUAAUAAUAUUAGAAUACCAAAUUUAAAUUUUAAAUAUGUCGGAAAUAAACACGUCGUGGGAGAAAUUUUAUGGUCGAACGGGAAGCUUUAUAAUAGUCAAUUAUGCGAUAAUAAAUACGAUGCAAGCGAAAUGGUCGCCAAAGAAAUAUUGAAGAGUUUGAAUGAUGGGAAGGAGAAAAUGGGAAAAGGUGACGUCAUGAUAUUUUCCCGAGACGGUGACAGGGUUUCGCACGAUGGGGGAGUGGGAGAGUGGAGGAGAAGGAUAAAUCAUAAUCAAUGGAAAGGGGCGAAAUUUAACGAUUCGUCCGAUGAUUUUUACCACGAUCAAGAAGAAUAUAAAAUUUUAAAGAAAAAAAAUGAUUUUUUACCGCACGAGUUGCCGCAACCCCCGAGGCAAUGGGUCGCGAAAAGUACGAAAUCGAAAUCGUCGUAUUUGAAUUUUCCAAAAAACGAAUCCGUCGUUAAAAAUUUCGGGAAAAAAACGGAAACGGAAAGCGGGAGUAAUUCGAAUCAAACUAAAUUAAAUUCAUCCGAAUGCAAAUCACCACCGAAAUCAUCUGCCUUAAGUUUUGUGCCUCUUCAAGCCAUAACCGGUAUGAAAACGAUCAAACCCAUCGCGACGACGAAACAAAACACUAAUAAUAAUAAUAAUAGUAAUAGUAAUAAUAAUGAUAAUAACGAAUCGAUAAAAAUCGCGAAUAAAAGUCAACCGAAUCAAACAACUCCUCAGGAAUCAAACAAAAAUUCAACGGUUUCAUCGUCGAAAUUUUAUUCGCAAAAACCGAGAUAUAAUAAAAUAGCAGCUAAUUUAAAUUUUAAUAAUUUUUAA